AUGUAUUUUCUACCCACAGUCGGCAAGGGUCGCAAGCCCAGGUUCGAAUUACACCUCAAGAUAUAUGAUCUCAACAACGUGCCCCUGGUCUCGGGCAACUCCUUCAUCAAAUGGCAUCUCGCCCACUCCAUGCAUGCCGAUCACCGCGGCCGCACCAUCAAGUGCCCGAUUGAAAACCACACGGUCAACUAUAACUUCAGCAAAAUGGUCCCUUCGAUUCGAAUAUCCAUCGACAAGAACAACCAACUCCACGACUGCCCCCUCGAGUUUGAGAUCGUCCAGGAGUUUGCCGUUGCCGAGAAGAUCACCCUCGGUUACGUCAGGCUCAACCUCGCCGAGUAUGUCGAGGAGAGCGAGACGUAUGCAAAGGACGUCACCUCGCCGCCGCCGCCGAGGAGACGAAGUAGCACCAACAGCAUCAGCCCAACCGCCGACAUCCCCGCCGAACCGCGCGUGGUCGAGGACGGCAUAGUGAGGAGGUAUCUCAUGCAGGACAGCAAGGUCAACAGCACCCUCAAAAUCGGCAUCCUGAUGGUCCAGAUCGACGGCGAGCGCAACUUUGUCGCACCCACCUUGAAGUCCGCCCCUGUCUUUGGCGGUAUUGCCGGCCUCGUGGCCCCCGAGCAGGUGGAAGCCGACGCGGGUCCGCUGCCCAACAUAGCCAAGGGGCGAGACUUGGCCGAGGUUCAAGACUUGUAUCGCCGCACCCUCGCCGCCUCCUGGACCCGCUUUCCAUCCGAGCUCCCUGCCGAUGAGUGCAUCGAAGACAUCUUCUCCGGCGGCAACGGCUGGAAGACGAGGACGGACAGCAACAACCAGGCCGACACUGACGACGAGGACGAUGAAGGGGAACUUGGCCAGGAUACCAUUCGACCCAGCCAAUUCCGUCGCCUCGCCCUGUACAACCAGAGCCACCACAGCCGCCGGAGCAGCCGUCACCAGCGCAACCAGAGCUCCUCGAGCGAAAAGAGCGUCUCAACUGUCAUGGGACGUGGCCCUGGCAGUGUCGGCCCCGGAAGCACCAUCAGCGCCGCGCGGCGAGCUGCGCGCAUCGCCCCCCGCGACGACGGCCGCAACGACGACGCCGCAAGCCUUCGGAGCGGAAAGAGCCUGGGCAGCCUGGCUCCGACGCAGGGGAGCAGCAGCGACGGAGAGCGGGAGGUGGGCAUGAGACGCGUCAAGGAGCUUCCAGAGUCGGACUUGCGCGAUGAUUUGGUUGCCUGGAAGCUGCCGGGUGUGACGACGUAG